UACAACAGCUGAUGUUAUGGGUCGAGGAAAAAUUUAGAGGCGUUGGAAAUAGAAUUCGAUACGCAUUGUAUCAUGUGAUAGAAAAAAGUGCAGUCUAAGCUCCGCCCGUUAAGUGGUCUCCAUGGCGACGUACAUUUCUUGUUUUCGUUGCUGCGGUUACAAGGGGAAGCGUUCUCUGUUAGUUGCUCAUGGCUUUCUUUGGGCUAACAGCUCUUGGGUAUCAGGACCCGUUCCGUGCCGCCAGGCUUGUUGUGCCUGAAGUGCAAAAGAAUGAUACCGGUGGUAUUGCAGGAAACUGUGAGGAAGGAGAAUCAAAUCAUGUCAAUGUUACAGAAGUUGCUCCACCAUCUACGUACAUCAGCCAAAGUGUGUAUAAGGAGAGAGUAAAUCGGAAUCAGACCUUGAGAACUCCCAAAGAGACUCAGAGAAAGCCCAUGACAGCAACUCAGCACUAUGGAUGGUGGUUGCCACAGGACCCUAAUGUCAAAGCGGAUAAUGUUCACCCCUGGAUUAAAGGGCCACACCAUCCUAUGAUAAGCAGUCCCAUGACCAGAUUUGUUGAUCAAAUGGCUUUGACAAACAAAGACUUCAGCUUAUUUUGAAUUGACCUGCGGUGGAAUAUGGAAGAUUGUUGUCUAUCAUGGAUGUAAAUGCCUUCCCAACUGAACAGCCCACGUGCCAAAUUAUCUCUAGUAUCCUCUGUUUCUUGCUGUGACAGUAACCGUGCACUGCAGGCCUCUCUUAAGAAUUAUGAGACAAAUGUUCUGCAUUACGAUGGCCGAGUAGUUAAAAAAUGUUUUUAGUUGAGUGUGAUGCUCUUUAAUAGCCAAACUUUUUCAUUGAUAAAAUCUUGCACCACAGAAGCUUUCAAAACCUCACCUAUCUUAACUGAAUAUGUUGAUCCACUAAAAAGUACCACAGUCAACUUAUAACAAUCUUCUCUGGAAACUCACAUGGCAAUAACUCUUCCAUAACAGAUUAAUAAAUACUGUGAAUUUCAAAUGUAUUUUUUUUUAUUUAAGUGAAAAUUCAUUAACAAUAAGGAACACAACUUAAAUAUAACAUGUUUUAUAAAAACGUAAUGUAUUGUCAAUUGCAAACGUUUUACAAUAUAUAAUCAUUAUAUAAUUCUUCUCUUUUUAUACCCUCUUUAUACUUGAUACCCAUAUCCUAAAGAGUAAAAUAAAAAUGUGUAUAUAAACAACAUUCUCUCGUUUCCAGUACCAAAUAUUUUUCUCAAUACAUCCAUUCCCUCUUUUAAAUUCGUUUCCAGUAUAAAUUCUGUAUUCCUAAAAGAUAAAAUAUUUUGUUUCUUCAAUGCCACAUCUAGUGACAAUGUAAUUCUCCCAUCUCUUAAAAAAAUCUUAAAUUGUACAUCUAUAGAUGUUAAAUAAAUAAUUGAUACCUAACCUUAUUUUUCAUUUCUGAGAAUUUAAGAUCUUUAUGUGAUUUCCAAUAUUUUAGAAUUAAACAUUUACCCAGGAGAAUAAUUGUGUGAAUAAAACCCUGUGGCUUUACCAAAUUCUUUAUAACCUAAUAUAAAAAAAACAAUUAUAGGGAAAAAAAACUUGUUUUUCAAUAAUUUUACUAGACCAAAACCAAAUGUUGCCCCAGAAUCUCUGUAUAAUAGGUAUCUCCAAAAACAGUGAUAGAUUUCCAGAAAUGAACAUUUUGACAUUGAAUCAUACUUAUUUUUAUCCCAUCUAAAAAAAGAAGUUGUGUUAAAUAUACUUGAUAUAACAUUUGUUUUUCCCUAUACAUUUCAGCAAUGUUUACUCUAUUUGAAGAAUAAUUUGAAGAAUUACAUGUAUCCACAUUAUCUUCUUAAAAAAGAUUCUAUUUUAACUUGACAAAUUCAGUAUUGCUCUCCUCUUGAGCAUUUAAAAGGAAUUUGUAAAUACUGGAUAUAGAAUAAAGUCUUCGUUUGAAAAGCUCACAAA